AUGAUGCGUAAAACCCUCACCAGUGUAUUCAGAAAGGCAUGGGACUGUAAGAUCUUACAAAGAAGGCACUCUGCUCUUUUUGUCAGCGGUGCUAAAGCCACUGAAAAUUAUGUUUACAUAACUCCACAUGUUGACUUUCCUGCAAGAACUCAACAGAAAGAUGCUUUCAUAAAAGUCCUCCAGAGAAGGAAGGCUGAUAUUGACCUGGUCAAGGUGGAAGGCCUUUGGAAAGUGUAUCAGGAUCUCAAUAUGAAAAAAGCAGAGUACAUCAAGAAGAAAGAAGAAAUAUCCAGACAACUAGGCAAGCUAAUAAAGAACGAACCUGACAGUGAAGAAACUAAAAAACUUAAAAUGCAAAGUGAUUUCAUUAAAGAAAAUAUAAAGAAAUUAAAAAGCCCUCUCUGGUCUGCUGAAGAAGCUGCUAUUGUGGAAUAUCUUAAAAUUCCAAACGAUUUACAUUCACGGACACCGGAUGGAAACAACGAAGUUUUAUACACACAUCUAUCAAAACCGCAAAAUAGUAAACACCACCUACAGAUUGGGAAGGAGUUAAAUAUUAUUGAUUUUAAAAAGAAUGAAAAUUACUACUUGCUUGGUAACGGUGCGAUGUUUGAACUCGGAGCAAAAUUCUACUUCAGCAAGAUAUUGAAAGACAGUAGCUUUGUACAGUUCUCAAAUCCAGAUUUCGUCAAAAGUAUGAUUAUUGAGGGGUGCGGUAAAGAUCACACUAACCCUGACAUAAGCUUUAUUUUACAUCAUAAUGAGGAUAAUAAGGUAAAUGUAGACAGUCGGUUGCAUCUCACUGGCGGUGGGUCUCUAUGCUCCUUCCUUGCAUACCAUGCCAAGAAUAUUAUGUACGCCAAAGUUUUGCCGCUAAAGUACUUCACAAUGGGCAGGCAGUACGUACCAGCAGUAUCUAACGAAGACAGCCUGUUUAACGUUAGCCAAUCAUCUGUCAUCGAGAUGUUUGGCAUCACAAAAACGGAGCAAGACCAAGAUGCAUUUUUAGAAGAGGUAAUUGAUAUUUUGAAGCUUGCAUACACCAAACUUGGUUAUCAUUUCCGUUUGAGUUUAGUGUCUGCUGAGAAGUUAGAAAUGUGGGAGUCUCUUAGGGUUGCGGUUGAAAUGUAUUCUACAUCGUUGAAAGACUAUGUUGAAGUAGGCAAUGUGUCUUUGAGUGGGGAAUUUAUUAGCAAGAGGUUAAUGUUUAUGUAUAAGGAAAAUAAUGAAAACAAGUUUCCCUGCCUUAUUUCCGGUACCGUGUUGAAUGUUCCCAAGCUGUUAGCAUGUGCCUUGGAGCAGAAUGAGUCUUUCACUGUUCCUAACUUUGUUAAAAUUGAGAGAUAUCUUCGCACAGAAGAAUAAAAUGUUACUGGGAGGUUAUAUUUAAUUAUUUACGGCGCAUUAAUAAACUACGGAUCGUUAAAUUUGCUUACGA